CCCGACCGCACCGCGACCUUGAACCCGCGGAUGAAGACGGUCUGGUUGUCGCGCCAGGUCUCCUCGCCGGCCCGGCGGGCGCUGGGCCCCGAGUUCGCGAAGGAGCUGAUGGUCUCCCACCCCCAGCUGUACGCGCCCCCGACAGUCCCGACCUGGGCCGCGGUGCAGCGCAGCGAGAGGCCCGUCACGCGGUGCUGGUUGUCGAGCGCCGCGACGCUCCAGGACGUGCACUUGUCGAACCCGGUCACGAGGUACAGGUCGUCCUCGUCGAUAUCGCGCUCGAGCGUCUCCGACGCGAAGGUGUACCAGCUCCGGGCGUGUUUGAUCGCGUACUUGCGGAAGCGCUUGAGCGGCAGCGCGUCGGUGCGCGACGCGCCGUCGGGGAGGACCAGGAGGCCGAUCUGGCGCGACGUGUUGGAGAGCUCGAUGUCGAUCGACGCGCCGGCGCAGGGAGGCACGAAUCUGCCCUCGCGAAAAGGCCAGCGUCAGCAUUGGCCGCUGAAUGGGCAGAAGACGCACAUGUUCCCGUCAACGCCAGCCUGGAAGUCAACCCUCCGCUUCUUGAUCGCAGCGCUGCAGAUAUCUGACCCGGGCUUAACCCAUUCGUCCCGCCGCGCGAGCUCCGCGGGUUCGUUCAGCGCCAGCCGCUCGAAGCCCGCGGGGACGCCCAUGACGUUGAGCGCGUCGUCCGCCUCGCGGCACACGUUGAAUAGAACGCUGACAGAUCCAUCGAACGCGAUAUGGCACACGUCCCCGACCUGCGUGCCAUGCAUGCGGUACUCGGCGGGCGACGACUCGAACGGCUGCGGGA